AUGGACGUGGACGUGGACGUGGACGUGGACGUGGACAUGGACGUGGACGUGGUCGUGGAUGUGGACGUGGACGUGGACGUGGACGUGGACGUGGACGUGGUCGUGGACGUGGACGUGGACGUGGAGAUGGACGUGGACGUGGACAUGGACGUGGACGUGGACGUGACAUGGACGUGGACGUGGACGUGGUCAUGGACGUGGACGUGGACGUGGACGUGGACGUGGACGUGGACGUGGACGUGGACGUGGACGUGA